AUGGCUGGCAAUAGUGUUCGAUCGGCUAAAGUAUUAGAUGAACUGAGACCAUCAUCUGGGCGUCGUUCGCGUGCACAAGUUUCACAGAAUCAAGAAUCAUCUGUUACAGUCUCAUCUGAUCAAGAUUUACAAGUUUACGUAGAAGACAUACCAACCAACAUACCAGAAAAUGAUCUUGAGAUACGGAUUCAAAGUCGCCUCGAGGCAACCCAAAAUUUAAAAAUUAAAGAUAUUAGAUGCUGUUUAAAACUUGGCGUGGCUGUGAUUCGAUUAAUCAAUGAAGAGGACAAAGUAUUUCUCGUUUCUAAGCUUGAGACCAUAGUUCUUUAUCCGAAAACUAAUACAAUUAUUAACUUUAUCGGUGAAAUCGACCUUGAUUCUUAUGUAGUCGUCGAUCGAAAUAUAUCCAAAGUUCCAUCCGCUGACGAUGUAGCUCGUCGUUACAUGCAAUCAUAUAAGACAAGAGAACCUCCUCCAUGUAAAUCAAUAUCAAUCCAAUUUCCAAAUAUAUUUCGCAUUUCAUUGACUACACUAGAUGAACUUUCUCAAGUGGCUAGCGCACCAGAUUUUAAAAUUGAAAAUGUUUUCGCUACUGUUUAUCCACGUAGUGAUUGUAGUUUCUUUGAAGAUCUACCGUCAAAUACCAAUGCUGAAAAGCUUUCAUCUGUCAUUGCUGCUCAAAUCGAAGAGAAGAAACUAGCCCCCACAUCGUUCUACGUACAGUAUGAUAGCGAGACAAGUAAUGCAGUUGUUUUAGCAACAAAGUCUAAUAAAAAGUGGAAUGCACAAAAUUUCUUAACAAUUGACGGAAGAAAUAUUUCAAAAAAGAUUAAACUUGCUUAUCGAGUUGUUGUUUCUCCUGUACCUUCUGAUUUUGGUCUCGAUUGUAUACUGAAUCACAAAUUAUUUGCAUCUCGGACAGUGGGACAUAGUCAUAUCGUUGAUCAUCUCAUAAUAGAACUCGAUGGUAUGGAUAACUAUGAAGAAUGUUUAGCGAUUGGAGCUCUCCGCAUAGGAAAAACUACCAUGACUAUUAAGCCACACAGUGUCACUAGUGAUCCCGAUUCAAGUGAAUUGAAUGCUGAAAACUGGUAUGAAACAGAGAUGAAUGAUAUCAAACCUGAUAUAGUGACAAUCAUGAGUGAUCAUCAACAUCCAAUAUUCCGUUAUAAAUGGAGUGCAGAGAAUUGGCUUGAACAAAUGAAAAAAAUGGACACAACCGAUCGGCGCUCAAAAAAAUAUGAUCUUGGCCGACAUUUAUUACGAGUUACAGUUAUGUUGAAUACAAUUAGUGUUCUUCGAAAGAAAAAUUACAUUCUAGACGAUGAAGAAGUGACAUUAAAACUGCAACGAAUGCGAACAAUUGGCUAUGAUCAUAAAUCAAAGUUAUCCUAUACAAAAACAAUUUCAGAGGCAGAACUAACGACGCCAUAUCCAUCAACAAGUGUCAUCGUAUCCAACGAAGAUUGUCUAGUCAUUUAUGAGAAAUUAGUUAGAGAAGGAUAUCGACCACUAUUGCUGAAUAUGGCUAAUGCAAAUAGCCCUGGCGGUGGAUAUCGGAAAGGUGAUGGUGCACAGGAAGAAAAUAUUUUUCGUCGUUCGGAUUACUAUCAAAGUCUUGAUCUCGAAAUAGCCGAUAAAGAUCGGUCAGAACGACUUUUUUGUACACCAAAGUGUGAAUUUAAAAAACCAACAGGGUAUGCUGGUUUGUAUCCGAUGGAAGAAUUUGGAGGAAUUUACACAUCGGGUAUAACUGUAUUUCGUGGAACCGAAGCUAAUGGUUAUCCGUAUAUGAAAGAACCUUUAUAUAAUGUUUGUUCUAUUGCAAUGGCUGCUCAUCGAGAACCGGCAUUAACUAAUAAGAAUAUGUUAGAGAAAAAAAUGGCAACAAGUACGCACAAAAAAAUCGACAGUAUAUUUGCAAUAGGUCAUCAUCAUAAACAUGAUUGUUUAGUAUUAUCAGCUCUUGGCUGUGGUGCUUUCAAAAAUCCACCUGAACACGUAGCUUUACUCUUCAAAUCAAUUAUUUAUCAAUAUGCCGGAUAUUUUGAAAAGAUUUAUUUUGCUAUUAUUGAUGAUCAUAAUACAGGAAAUCGUAUUAAUCCCAAAGGAAAUUUUAUUCCAUUUAAAGAGAUACUCGACGGUUUGAUUGUACAUCCAUCAAAAAUAAUACAAGUCAAUGGAGCUAGUGGACCAUACCGUAUUCUAAAGAAACUACCAGAUGGAAAAAUAACUCUAAGUGAUUCAUGUAUUCAACAUCUUCCUCCUUGCUAUCAUGGUACUGAAUGUCGUGACAUUAAAGAUACACAACAUAAUACUACUUUUUCUCAUCCACCCAUUUGUUUAUAUCAAACUUCGAAUUUAACAUGUGAUCAGAUGGAGGAUGAAGUUCAUAUGCUUACAUUUUUUCAUAGAAUGAAAUGUAAACGUGGUGGUGAAUGUAAUAAUACAGAUCCACAACAUUUGAAUGAUUUAGAUCAUCCGGAAUUUUGUAAAAAGAAAUCUGAUUGUGUCAACGUUAGUGCCGAACAUUUAUUUGCUUAUCGACACUUGCCUGUUUGUCACAGUGGAAUUACUUGCUUGGAGUAUAAAAAAAAAAUUCCUGCACAUUUAGAUGCUUUUCGACAUUGCAAAACGAUUUGUGCGGAUGAUAAUUGUUGUCCAAACUUUCAUGAUAGAGAACAUUUUAAAAAUACAAUUCAUUCAUUUCAAGAGCCAUGCUCAUUUACACCUUACAACUGUCCGAUGUUUUUUCAAUAUAUUCAAGCUGGUGGAACAAAAAUUCCUUCCAAUGUUGAAUAUCAUUGUCUUACAUACUCCCAUGUUUGUCAAUUUGGUCGCCUAUGUAAGACAACUGGCGAAGCACAUUAUGCAACAUCCAUCCAUGUUGCUCGACAACUUUGCCCUGAUCGUGAUAUGUGUUCAAGACUUGCUGAUGAAAAUCAUCUAGAAUCGUUUUCUCAUCCAGGUAUUCGAGAUAUUCGUCUCUUUUGUCGUAAUCCAGGUUAUGAAUGCCCAGAUCGAUACGAAGAUAAACAUUUGAGAACAUAUAGACAUGGUAGAAACUUCAAUCAUCUAAGCGUUGCUCCGUCAAGUAAUCUUAAUCGUUUGAUAGAUUUCUUUCGUAAUCAAGGUAAUAUAAUAAAAACGGUGAACAAUUAUGUUGAAGCAUCUAAUUGGGCAAAAGCAAAGAUUUCUGAAGAUAUACUCAAUUGGAUAAGAGCUUUACAACCUGUUCAUCGAUGUGCACCGCAUAUAUUCACUUCGAUUCUCGUUCAUGGUCAUGUUAUGAGUCGAGAUUAUAUGAGUUUGUUAAUCAAGCCGAGAUGCGUUGUUCAAGCAGUCUUGCAACACAGUCAAGUUCGUUCAAUUUUCCUUCGACAUAGCGCUCCGGCCGUGAGACAAAAUGCAAAAGAACUCAUCAAACUAUUGGUUAGAAGUGAGUUUUUAAAAGCUGGAUCAGCUGAAGUGCCUACAUUAGAUGCUGAUCAUGACAAUCAAGUUAAUAUUAUUCAAAAGAAAUUAAAACCGCCACUUGAAAAGCAAGAUAUUCAAACUAUUUAUGAUUGGACAGCUAAAAUAGUUGCAGCAUCAAUCGAAUUAAGUCAAAAUCUAGCUGGUAUAGGAUUUGAUGUCGAUAAAAAAUUAAGAACAGACAAACAUGUUUUCAGUAUACUAGGACCACACUGUGGUACAUAUUAUGGUGAUAUUGUUAUAACGUUUAAACAAGAAUUAAUGUUUCAUCCUGAUUCUAAUUUUUCCUUCCAAGCUGGGACUGGGUUUUUUAGUGGCCGCGUUUACGCGUACCGCCCAUGGUUGACGGAUCCGACUACUGAAGAGCAGCGUAUUGAACACUUUCAUCAUUCAAAAUUGCAUUGCUCAUAUCCUCGAUAUGAAUAUGCAGCAGCUGCAGAGUUAAUCGCAUCCACUGGUAAAAAUAACAAAACGAUGGAUGUCGAUCUCGACAGUAUAAUAAAAAAGUGGACUCAAGCCGAUUCACACUACGUGUUUGAGGGACAUUUACCACCACUUAUUCCAUUGGAUUAUGUCGAUAAUGUAUUUAUGCCAAAAAAUGUGUUUCAAUCACUACCAAAAGAAGCACAAGAGUCAGCUAAAGAAAUCUUUAAAGACUCGUUGAUCCUCGGCGAACAUGAUGUUGAUCUUACUCUAAUUAAACCAGGUACUACAACUCCGCUAGAUACAACUCGUCAAGUUUAUUUAAAAUGGAUACUUGAUAAGCUUAGUGAAAAGAUAAACGAGCGAAUAAAAGCACCACAUAUUUCACGAGGCAUUGUUAUAACAGUUCCAGGAACAGGAUGUGACAAAUAUAUUGCUCUGCCAAUGACAAUAACUCAGUCGUAUAAUUUAUAUUGUCUUAAUAAAGGUCAGCCAGCAAGAAAUAUGGAAUCAAGCUAUAUCUAUUGGCAAGCAAUGAAUGGUGAUAUGAUAUUAACUAUAACUAAUGAAAAGAUUGAAAUUGAUGGGAAAGAUCAACCAAAUCUUCAAUGUCUUAUUUGUUAUGUAGCUGAAAAACCAUCAUCAAAAACAGAUACUUAUUUUGAAGCAUAUUCUUAUUUAACUGUUGGUAAUCCUUAUCAACACUCAAAUAAUGUUGAUUCGGCAACAUUUAAGGCAAAAUCAAAUUGUUUUUAUCGUGGCUGUAAUACAGAUGAUUUUUUUACAUUUUGCUUGAAAAUCAAUUACAAAACAGGUGAAGUUUCUUUAACACAUGCUGGCCCUAAUGGAAUCUAUAAUCAUGAAAAUAUUUAUUAUCAAUUCAAAAAAUCUGAGGUAGAUUUAUUAGGAUUGAAUUACAUUCAUAUCAGUGCUGGAAAGCAAGAUGUUCCCAUACGGAAUCUGACUAUUAAUCAUGAACCAAUUGACAAGCUACAUCCAACUUUUGAUAGAGAUUUUAAGCUAGACACGUUGAAUUUGAUCAGAGCACGUCGAGCAUCAUUUCAAUAUACUGGCGGUACUACUGAUAGAGGUGGUGAUAAAGAUGUGCAUAGUUCUGAUGCUUCUCCAAAACCUAUAAAAAAAGCAGCAUCUACAGUUGAUUUGCAUGUCAAACUAGUUGAUCCACCAGCAACACCAGGGAAAACAACAAAACCAAAGAAACGGGGUUUUUUCGAAAGGUUAAAAUAUAUAUUUAUGGGCACAACUAAAGGAGGCGAUCCCCCGGAAUCUAAACCACCACCAUCAUCAUCAUCAUCCAACUUGUUCAAAGACAAUGAAUCGAAAUCGGAUUCUUCAUCAUAUAAUCCAUCAAAAUUUGAUUCUCCUCCGCCGAAGUCAUCAAAAGUCCAUUCAUCCGGAUCGAAACCGGUGGCAGCAAGUUCAGUACCAUUGAUUUCAUCGGCAUUGCCACUAUGCGCAGAUUCUAUCUAUUGUCUCAUCCAAAACGAGCGAGAUCACACAGAUAAAUAUUCUCAUUUUUGUCGUUUUAAUGAAUUAUGUCGAAAUCAAGCGGGCGAACCUCAUCUUGUUCAUAAAAAGCAUAAUGUUCCCAAGUGUUUAGAAGAUAAAAGUUGUUCAGAACGAACAAAUCCUGUCCAUCGCGCAGAAUAUCGUCAUUCAGGUUUGCCGGAUUACCUAAUCCCGUGUCAUUUUCAAGAUACCUGUUAUGACAAAACUCCUGAUCAUCGACUAAAAUUUUUUCAUGGCGAAGAAAUACCUCGCAUACGGAAAAGCAAUACACCGAAAAGUCAUCAUGUGGGUGCUGCAUUGAAAGCUAAACUACCUCCGUGUAGACAUGGAAAUGAAUGCCGAUCUAUGAAAAAUACGCAACACACAGCAAGAUUUUCUCAUCCUACAUCUUAA